AUGCUGUUCAGGCAGAACUCACUCUCUCCACUCGAUUCUCAGCCGGCAGCCGCUACAACCCAUCCCUCACAGCCUCUUUCCGUCGCUCAACUCAACCCUUGUAAUCGGCAGUCAGUCGCGCGGCUUGCAAGCAGUGCAAUUGGUAGUCAGUUGCGCAGCAAGCUCGUCAUCGCCGUCUCACACCCUGAGAUAUAUUCUGCUGGAAAAAUUCACCCUCCUCUGACUUUACACAGGCAUCCUAUGUGUGCUGAAGUCAUCGAGGAAUUCCAAAAGUGUCAUUUAGAGCAUCCAAUAACUAAAUUCUUCGGUGAAUGUACAGAAUUAAAGAUAAAGCUCGAUCGCUGUUUCCGGCAGGAAAAAGCUUUGAAGAGGAAGGCUAAUUUUGAACAGAGUAAGAAACUGAAAGAAAGACUUCAGGCGUUAAGGAAGGAAACUGCUGAAAACGAUUCAUGAAUCUAUAGCAAUUCAUGAAUCUUUUUUACGAUGUUGUGGUUGGUUGGGCCACUGGUAUUUGGUUGCUGCUACAAAAAAUUGUUUAAUUGUUUCCGUUGCCUACUUGAGAAUGAUAUAUGAUGAACAAAGACAUGGUUCUUUCUUGAUUUUACAUAAAGAAACUUUGAUUGUAUACCUAUGUACUUGAACUGCUGAAAAUCUUAAAUAACAAUCCCUUUACUUUAUUCUUC